AUGGGCCGCGGGGCCUGCGUCCCCUCGGCGGCGUCGCGGGCCGGCGACCAGGCCUGGCGGCUCGGGGCUGUGUUGGGCGCACUGUGCCUCCUGCCCGCGCUCGUGCUGCUGGCCCAGCUGGGGGCCCGGGCGGCCAGGCCCGCCGUGAGCGCAGCGCAGGAGCACUUGCUUCCCUUGAAGGGCGAUGUCGCUGCGCAUCACCCCGUGCGGGUCCUCGCCACCCCGGGCCCCAGCCUGCUGCCCCCCCAGGCGCCCCGCAGACGCCGCUACACGCUGACCCCAGCCAGGCUGCGCUGGGACCACUUCAACCUCACCUACAGGAUCCUCUCCUUCCCACGGAACCUGCUGAGUCCCAGAGAGACCCGGCGGGGCCUGGCCGCCGCCUUCCGCAUGUGGAGUGACGUGUCCCCCUUCAGCUUCCGAGAGGUGGCCCCCGAGCAGCCCAGUGACCUCCGCAUAGGCUUCUACCCAGUCAACCACACCGACUGCCUGGUCUCCGCGCUGCACCACUGCUUCGACGGCCCCACCGGUGAGCUGGCCCACGCCUUCUUCCCCCCGCACGGCGGCAUCCACUUUGACGACAGCGAGUACUGGGUCUUGGGCCCCACCCGAUACAGCUGGAAGAAAGGCGUGUGGCUCACCGACCUGGUGCACGUGGCUGCCCACGAGAUCGGCCACGCACUGGGCCUGAUGCACUCGCAGCACAGCCGUGCGCUCAUGCACCUCAACGCCACACUGCGCGGCUGGAAGGCGCUGUCGCAGGAUGAGCUGUGGGGGCUGCACCGGCUCUACGGCUGCCUGGACCGGCUGUUUGUGUGUGCAUCGUGGGCUCGGAGGGGCUUUUGCGACGCCCGCCGAAGGCUCAUGAAAAGGCUCUGCCCCAGCAGCUGCGACUUCUGCUACGAGUUCCCCUUCCCCACAGUGGCCUCCACCGCGCCGCCUCCCAGGACCAAAACCAGGCUGGUGCCAGAGGGCAGGAACGUGACCUUCCGCUGCGGCCAGAAGAUCCUCCACAAGAAAGGCAAAGUGUACUGGUACAAGGACCAGGAGCCCCUGGAGUUCUCCUACCCCGGCUACCUGGCGCUGGGUGAGGCGCACCUGAGCAUCAUAGCCAACGCCAUCAACGAGGGCACGUACACUUGUGUGGUGCGCCGGCGGCAGCGUGUGCUCAGCACCUACUCCUGGCGAGUCCGUGUGCGGAGCUGAGCAUCUGCCCGUGGGCCGAGGAGGCUGAUAAAGCACUUUCUCCUUGAAGU